AUGCCACAAAUUCGACCAGCGCCAUCCAUCUCAUUUAACCGCGCAUUUUGUAUUCGGAUAUUGAUGCGAACUAAAGCUCAAUGCACCAAUGAAGAGCGACGCGAGGCUGUGUUGGAAGUCCGGGCUGCUGGUGAAGCCACCGAGGCGUUGGCCGACAAGUACGGCGUCCACCACGAGACGUUGUGGCGCUGGGAUCAUGCAGAGGACCGGAUAAAGGACGCUCAAGGCCUUAGCCGCAAGAAAAAGAAGAUAAGGAAGGUGAAGAGGGGCGUGAAAUUACGGUUUCCUGGACUAGAAUCUCGACAUGCGGAAGAACAAGUCAAUGUGUGA